AUGGAUGCCAAACAAUUGAAAUCUCUUUUGGAUGCUAUUACAUUGGCGGUUCAGGGCAGCACCAACAAUGCCAGUCAACCGCAGCCUGAAGUAAUCCAACUGGAAAGCUUCAACGAGGAGAAUGAAAGCUGGAAGAUUUUCAUUAAAAGGCUUGAGAAUUUUUUCUGUUUGAGAAACCUGACAGGGAACACUGAUGUUGUCAAAGAGAGCAAAAGAAAUUGGUUAAUUCACGCAAUGGGGGCGAAAACUCUUCAAUUACUCUGCAACUUAACCAGCCCAGAAGACCCAAAGACUAAAAGUUAUGAUGAACUAAUUAAAUUGGUCAAAGAUCAUGUAAACCCCGCGCCUAGCGUUAUAGCAGAACAAAAUAGGUUCACGAAGCGAACGCAACAUGAAGGAGAGACAAUAUCUAACUUUGUUGCAGACCUUAAAAAAAUGUGCAAAAACUGCGAUUUUAAGUGCACAUCUUGCCAAGCGUCUACUGCCGACGCCCACCUGAGGCAGCAGUUCAUUAGCGGCCUCCGAAAUGCAAACUGGUUAGAAAAAUUAAUUCAAUUAAAAGAACCAAACAAUGGGUUUAAAGAUUGUGUAACGGCUACACUUGCAAUGGAAUCUGCACAAAAAGACUCCAAAGAAAUUCAAAAUUUGCAAGCUACUUCGCUGAGCAAUUACCAAAACCAGAUUGCAAGUUCAAGCAAACCAAAGACCAAAAAUUAUUCACCAAAUUCCAACUACUGCUACCGAUGUGGUGAUAAAGAUCAUUUUGCAACUGCAUGCAAACACAAUCGAGCAGUGUGCUCUAAAUGUCAGAAAGUAGGUCAUGUAGCUCGCGUUUGCAUGAAUAGCGGGAUGAUGUCUAACAACAGUAGUGAUAAAAAACCCCGAUCUUCUCCACCCGCACCCAUUACCAAGCACAGAAAAUUUUUUACACAAAAUCAGCUUCACUCUCUAGAAUCACACUCCGUCGACGACGACGAUGACGACGAGGACGACGAGGAGCAAGACAGUUACUACAUGAACCAGCUGACUACGUGCGUUUUACCCGAAGAUAAGAGAAAGCCGAAGAAGAUCAUGCUCACAUUAGUUCUAGACGGUGUGUCAAAACAGCUAGAGCUGGACACGGGCGCUGCAGUUUCUUCAAUGUCUUAUCAAGAAUUUAGUGCUUCAUGGCCAAAUAAGCAGAUGUACAAAUCCAAUGUUCCGUUUCGGACCUACACUGGAGAGAUCAUUCAGCCGAUUGGAUAUUCGACAAUGCAUGUAAGAUACGGCAACGAGGAGGCAAAUGCCAACAUUUAUAUAAUGCCAGGAAAGGUAGAUGCAAUUUUCGGAAGAGAGUGGUUUAAAGUAUUCAAAGUUGAGUUGCCAAAAUUAAAUCAAGUGAGUAAUUCUAUACCUAUGUCAAAAAAGAAGUUACUGCAUGCCCUAAAAGCUAAAUUUAGUGAUGUUUUUCAAUCCGGAAUUGGUAGAAUAAAUAAUUUUGAAGCCAAAUUAUUUCUCAUUGAUAGUGCUAAACCAAUUUACAUUCCAGCUCGCAAGGUACCUUAUGCACUCCAAGAUAAAAUGAACAUAGAAAUCGAUCGUCUAGAGAGUGAAGGCAUUAUAACAAAAAUGCAAUACAGUGAAUGGGGGACACCGGUGGUCCCUAUCAUAAAAAAAGACGGAUCGAUUAGACUUUGUGCCGAUUAUAAAAUUACCUUGAACAAAGUACUUAAGAAUGAUCACUAUCCAAUUCCUCACGUGGAGGAUAUUUUUGCGACAUCUAUGAUGGGUGGUAAGAUUUUCACGACAUUGGAUCUGAGCGAAGCUUAUCUGCAUAUGCCAAUGGACACUCUGUAG